CCUAACCCAUUCCACCGCCCCGAGCCCCCCGCCUCCUCGCUCGCUCACUCUCUUGCUGUCGCUCUUGCGAUUGAACCGUGCUGCCCUGGCCUUGUGUGUUGUGUGCAUGGACAUUGGCUGCGUGCGUGUGCGUCUUACAGUGCUGUGCAUGCAUUGGUGUGAAAAUAUAAGGAAGUGUAGCCGUACACCUCUUUACAUUGGUAUGAGUGUAGUCAUGAUUGUGGGUAUGAGUGUAAAUAUGAGUUUAAUGACAAUUGUGGCUCCGAGUGUAGAUACGAGUGUCGUGACGAGUGUAGAUACGAGUGUAGAUACGAGUGUAGAUACGAGUGUAGUCACGAGUGUAGUCACGAGUGUAGUCAUUGUAGUCACGAGUGUAGAUACGAGUGUAGAUACGAGUGUAGUCAUUGUAGUCACGAGUGUAGAUACGAGUAGUCACGAGUGUAGUCAUUGUAGAUACGAGUGUAGAUAUGAGUGUAGAUACGAGUGUAGUCAUUGUAGAUACGAGUGUAGAUACGAGUGUAGAUACGAGUGUAGAUACGAGUGUAGUCAUUGUAGUCACACGUGUAGAUUCGAGUGUCGUCACGAGUGUAGUGACGAUUGUAGGUACGAGUGUAGUGACGAUUGUAGGUACGAGUGUAGGUACGAGUGGAGUGACGAGUGUCAUCAUGAGUUUUUCGUCACGAGUGUCGUGAUGAGUGUGGGUACGAGUGUAGGUACGAGUGUCGUCACGAGUGUAGGUACGAGUGUAGUGACGAUUGUAGGUACGAGUGUCGUGAUGAGUGUAGGUACGAGUGUAGUGACUAUUGUAGGUACGAGUGUCAUCACGAGUGUAGGUACGAGUGUAGGUACGAGUGUAGGUACGAGUGUCGUCACGAGUGUAGGUACGAGUGUCGUGAUGAGUGUCGUCACGAGUGUAGGUUCGAGUGUAGUGACGAGUGUAGGUACGAGUGUAGGUACGAGUGUCGUGAUGAGUGUAGGUACGAGUGUCGUCACGAGUGUAGGUACGAGUGUCGUCACGAGUGUAGGUACGAGUGUAGGUACGAGUGUCGUCACGAGUGUAGUGACGAGUGUAGGUACGAGUGUCGUGAUGAGUGUGUAGGUACGAGUGUCGUCACGAGUGUAGUGACGAGUGUAGAGACGAGCGUUUUGAGUUUUCGAUGCACGGACCUCAGUCCCUAGUCACAUGAGCAGCUCGCACCAAAAGAGGAUGUGAAGACUGAUGAUGAUGAGGAGGAGGAAUUUACUGCUGUCUUGUGCAUUGUCAGGGUUUUGAGUUCCACGCAUAUUUAUCAUUCCAUUGUACGUGUUUAUUUUUUUAUUUAAAGGACAUUUUUCACUAAAAUAAAACAAAUAUUCUCAGUGCAUCGGCGACGAUGGCCGCUCGGCUCGUUUCGGCUCGUGACAACGUCCAGUCCAGAACGUGAUGAGCCAGUUUCAGCAGAAGCCUCUCAACCCCAGUGAUAAAUCCCCUCGAGCUGAAGGCAGCUCGCACGAGCCAGGCCAGGGCUAGCGGGGUCCGAUCCUGGCAAUCUACUUCUCAAGGCAGAAAGUAUUUAUUAUCCUGUUCGGGGAGCUACACCUUCACUUGCAGUACUUUCAGAUUUUAAAGUGAGUGUGUGGGAGCGUGUUUGUUUGUACAAGUAGUGUGAAUGAGUGUAUAGUGCGUGUACGUGUAGUGUAUGGGAGUGUGCGUGAGUAUGCGUGUUGUGCAUGAGUGAGGUAGCGCUACGCUACGAACCCGGCGACCUGAGUUCGAUUCCCGCUCACGGCCAAAACCAGUGACGAUUAUCUGAACUGGUGCUGGGCCUCCCCUAGGUCGACUCGGCCUCAAAAUGGUACA